UGUGUCUUUGGAAAUCAACAAAAUGAGCAGUAGUUGCAUUCAGCAGCAGACUGAACUUUCAGUUAAUACCAGUUGCCAGAAGGACAACAUAAAGAAGGUCACGACUGAAGAUACAAAGUGCCCUGACAGAUGGACGAGAUUUGAAAGCAGCUGCUACUACAAAUCUACUUACCUUGCACCUUGGGACAUAAGCAGAAUGUUCUGCCAGAGAGAAGGAUCUUAUCUGGUGAUCAUAAACAGCGUUGAAGAAAAGGAUUUUGUCACAAAGGUGAAUCACAAUGAAGAAUCCUGGAUUGGUCUACAUGUUGGAUGGUCACCACAAAAGAAAGAAUUUGAUUGGAUAUGGGUGGAUGGAUCACCACUGGCUGAAAUAUUUCGGAAAACUGAGAACUUGAACAAAGUUACGGAUCACUCAACUGAAGCGUAUUUAAAUGCCGAGGGGAAAAUAACAGAGCGGUCCGGAAGAAAAUCAAAACUUUUUACCUGUGAGAAAUAAAGUUGAUGCUUUCAUUGCUGUUACAGGCGUGUUCAGUGACUGAACUAUUCUGGAUUAUGACAAUAAAACAUCCUGAUGACUUUUAGAGACAGAUUCUCUACUUUAAGACAACGAGCAGAUUUUCAUUAUUAUUUUUGUCGUUUCUUUGCAUCUAUUUCCAAUCCAAAGAACAAACUUCAUCCUGUUUUUACUUUGUGUUCAAAGAGUCUUUUUAUCUGGGAAUUUUUUUUUCUUGAUUUGUUUAGAAAAGAAUGUGUUUUUUGUUUUACUUGUGUAAAAUAAACUGUAAAUUAUUUCUUUACAUUUUUAUGUAAUUCUUUUUUUAUUUGGGGAAAAUACGCUCUAAUGUGAGAAGUUGAUGUUUAGGUGAAAUGCAGAAAUGUUAUUGUUAUGAAAGCUUGAAACAUCCUUAAAAGGUUUUGAUAAAUACGAUUUUUAUUUGUUUUUAUUGUCCAAAAAGAGUAUCGUUUUAAAUAGCUAGAUUAUUUUACAUGUCAUGUUUCUCCCCUUUUUUUGUAAAAAGCUCAAUUAUCUAUACAUGAUCUGUAGUAUAACAGCUUUCCAAUAAAUAUCACAUUUACCCAAGUGACUGCAAUGUGUUCUGGUUCAAGUUAAUCACUUUUACACAAGUAAGACAAAUCCAAAUACAUUUCAAGAUCACACAUUUUGUUUUUUUUUUCCUGAAGUGUCUCUUGAUCAAUAAAUCACUUCAUGAUUAAUCCCUCUAGUCAUUUCGGGGCUAAAUGACUUUGACUAUAACAUGAAGGAAAACUAUGAAACAGUUUGGAACACAGUUGUACAUAACCAGAUGUAUUACUAAAUACUGCCAUCUUGUGGUAAAACAGAUCAAAGAGAAAGAUUUCUUUUUCCUUUAUACUAUUUUAUCCUCAUGACAAAAAAAAAAAAUAUUUCUUUUAUUUUAAUUUCUUCAACAAAUUUGACAAACUCUGAGGAUUCCAGCAGUUUUUACCACAUCCAUUUGUUGCAAAACCCAUAAACAAAUAUAAAUAUGGCUACAAUAAAAGACAGUUUUACCACACUGGCUAACAUAACCAUGAGUUUACCCAUUUAUUAAAUUUUGUAGGAAUGUAAAAAAAAAAAGA